AGCGGGGCUCCGGCGGGGGGUCAGGGGGGGCCAGGGCGCCGCGCGGAGUCCCCGUGCGCUCCUCUCUCCGCCGGGAACAGUCCGGGCCCGGGCGCUAGCACCGGGAUGGACGGCCCCGGGGCCAGCGCCGUGGUCGUGCGCGUCGGCAUCCCGGACCUGCAACAAACGAAGUGCCUGCGUCUGGACCCAACCGCGCCCGUGUGGGCCGCCAAGCAGCGUGUGCUCUGCGCCCUCAAUCAUAGCCUUCAGGACGCGCUCAACUACGGGCUAUUCCAGCCUCCUUCCCGGGGUCGCGCCGGCAAGUUCCUGGAUGAAGAGCGGCUCCUACAGGACUACCCGCCUAACCUGGACACGCCCCUGCCCUAUCUGGAGUUCCGAUACAAGCGGAGAGUUUAUGCCCAGAACCUCAUAGAUGACAAGCAGUUUGCGAAGUUGCACACAAAGGCAAACCUGAAGAAGUUCAUGGACUAUGUCCAGCUACACAGCACAGACAAGGUGGCCCGCCUGCUGGACAAGGGGCUGGACCCCAAUUUCCAUGACCCUGACUCAGGAGAAUGCCCUCUGAGCCUGGCGGCGCAGUUGGACAACGCCACCGACCUCCUGAAGGUUCUUCGCAACGGCGGUGCUCAUCUGGACUUCCGGACCCGAGAUGGGCUGACGGCCGUCCACUGUGCUACCCGCCAGCGGAACGCAGGGGCUCUGACGACCCUGCUGGACCUGGGGGCUUCGCCCGACUACAAGGACAGCCGCGGCCUGACGCCCCUGUACCAUAGUGCCCUAGGGGGCGGGGAUGCCCUCUGCUGUGAGCUGCUUCUCCAUGAUCACGCACAGCUGGGGAUCACUGAUGAGAAUGGUUGGCAAGAGAUCCAUCAGGCCUGUCGCUUUGGACACGUGCAGCACCUGGAGCACCUGUUGUUCUAUGGGGCCAACAUGGGUGCUCAGAAUGCCUCGGGGAACACAGCCCUGCACAUCUGUGCCCUCUACAACCAGGAGAGCUGCGCGCGCGUCCUGCUUUUCCGUGGUGCCAACAAGGACGUCCGCAAUUACAACAGCCAGACAGCCUUUCAGGUGGCCAUUAUUGCAGGGAACUUUGAGCUUGCGGAGGUAAUCAAGACCCACAAAGACUCGGAUGUUGUACCAUUCAGGGAAACCCCCAGCUAUGCAAAGCGACGACGGCUGGCUGGCCCGAGUGGCCUGGCAUCCCCACGGCCGUUACAGCGCUCAGCCAGUGAUAUCAACCUGAAAGGUGAUCAGCCCGCAGCUUCUCCCGGGCCCACUCUCCGAAGCCUCCCUCAUCAAUUGCUGCUCCAGAGGCUUCAGGAGGAGAAAGACCGUGACAGGGAUGGUGAACAGGAGAAUGACAUCAGCGGCCCCUCAGCAGGCAGGGGUGGCCACAACAAGAUCAGCCCCAGCGGGCCCGGCGGAUCCGGCCCCGCGCCCGGCCCCGGCCCGGCGUCUCCCGCGCCCCCCGCGCCGCCGCCCCGGGGCCCGAAGCGGAAACUUUACAGUGCCGUCCCCGGCCGCAAGUUCAUCGCUGUGAAGGCGCACAGCCCGCAGGGCGAGGGCGAGAUCCCGCUGCACCGCGGCGAGGCCGUGAAGGUGCUCAGCAUUGGGGAGGGCGGCUUCUGGGAGGGAACCGUGAAGGGCCGUACAGGCUGGUUCCCAGCUGACUGUGUGGAAGAAGUGCAGAUGCGACAGUAUGAUACCCGGCAUGAAACCAGAGAGGACCGGACGAAGCGUCUCUUCCGCCACUACACUGUGGGUUCCUAUGACAGCCUCACUUCACACAGCGAUUAUGUCAUCGAUGAUAAGGUGGCUAUCCUGCAGAAAAGGGACCAUGAGGGUUUUGGCUUUGUCCUCCGGGGAGCCAAAGCAGAGACCCCCAUUGAGGAGUUUACACCCACACCUGCCUUCCCUGCGCUCCAAUACCUUGAGUCUGUAGAUGUGGAAGGUGUGGCCUGGAGGGCUGGGCUUCGAACUGGGGACUUCCUCAUUGAGGUGAACGGAGUGAACGUCGUGAAGGUCGGACACAAGCAAGUGGUGGGUCUCAUCCGUCAGGGCGGCAACCGCCUGGUCAUGAAGGUUGUGUCUGUGACCAGGAAACCCGAGGAGGACGGUGCUCGGCGCAGAGCCCCACCACCCCCAAAGAGGGCUCCCAGCACCACACUGACCCUGCGGUCCAAGUCCAUGACGGCUGAGCUGGAGGAACUUGCUUCCAUUCGGAGAAGAAAAGGGGAGAAAUUGGAUGAGAUCCUGGCCGUUGCCGCGGAGCCGACACUGAGGCCGGACAUUGCAGAUGCUGAUUCGAGGGCGGCCACCGUCAAGCAGCGGCCCACCAGCCGGAGGAUUACCCCUGCCGAGAUCAGCUCAUUGUUUGAGCGCCAGGGCCUCCCAGGCCCAGAGAAGCUGCCGGGCUCUCUGCGGAAGGGGAUUCCACGGACCAAAUCUGUAGGGGAGGAUGAGAAGCUGGCAUCCCUACUGGAAGGGCGCUUCCCACGCAGCACGUCAAUGCAGGACACAGUGCGUGAAGGUCGAGGCAUACCACCCCCGCCGCAGACCGCCCCGCCACCCCCACCCGCGCCCUACUACUACGACUCCGGGCCACCCCCUACCUUCUCUCCGCCGCCACCACCGGGCCGGGCCUAUGACACUGUGCGCUCCAGCUUCAAACCAGGCCUGGAGGCUCGUCUGGGUGCGGGGGCCGCCGGCCUGUAUGAUCCGGGCACGCCUCUGGGCCCGCUACCCUACCCUGAGCGUCAGAAGCGUGCACGCUCCAUGAUCAUAUUGCAGGACUCUGCGCCAGAAGUGGGUGAUGUCCCCCGGCCUGCGCCUGCCGCCACACCGCCUGAGCGCUCCAAGCGCCGACCUCGGCCGUCAGGCCCUGAUAGUCCCUAUGCCAACCUGGGCGCCUUCAGUGCCAGCCUCUUCGCUCCGUCGAAACCACAGCGCCGCAAGAGCCCGCUGGUGAAGCAGCUUCAGGUGGAGGACGCUCAGGAGCGCGCGGCCCUGGCCGUGGGUAGCCCAGGACCAGUGGGUGGAAGCUUUGCACGAGAACCCUCUCCGACGCACCGCGGGCCCCGGCCGGGCGGCCUUGACUACAGCUCUGGAGAAGGCCUGGGCCUUACCUAUGGCGGCCCUAGCCCUGGCCCAGUCAAGGAGCGGCGCCUGGAGGAGCGACGCCGUUCCACUGUGUUCCUCUCUGUGGGUGCCAUCGAGGGCAGCCCUCCCAGCGCGGAUCUGCCAUCCCUACAACCCUCCCGCUCCAUUGAUGAGCGCCUCCUGGGGACAGGCGCCACCACUGGCCGAGAUUUGCUGCUCCCCUCCCCUGUCUCUGCUCUGAAGCCAUUGGUCGGUGGUCCCAGCCUUGGGCCCUCAGGCUCCACCUUCAUCCACCCUCUCACUGGCAAACCCUUGGAUCCUAGCUCACCCUUAGCUCUUGCUCUGGCUGCCCGAGAGCGGGCUCUGGCCUCGCAAACACCUUCCCGGUCCCCCACACCUGUGCACAGCCCCGAUGCUGACCGCCCUGGACCCCUCUUCGUGGAUGUGCAAACCCGAGACUCUGAGAGAGGACCGUUGGCUUCCCCAGCCUUCUCUCCUCGGAGUCCAGCCUGGAUUCCAGUGCCUGCUCGGAGAGAGACAGAGAAACCCCCUCGGGAAGAGCGGAAGUCACCAGAGGACAAGAAAUCCAUGAUCCUCAGCGUCUUGGACACGUCCUUGCAACGGCCAGCUGGCCUCAUUGUUGUGCAUGCCACCAGCAAUGGGCAGGAACCCAACAGGCUGGGGGCUGAAGAGGAGCGCCCCGGUACUCCGGAGCUGGCCCCAGCCCCCAUGCAGGCAGCAGCUGUGGCAGAGCCCAUGCCAAGCCCCCGGGCCCAGCCCCCUGGCAGCAUCCCAGCAGAUCCCGGACCAGGCCAAGGCAGCUCAGAGGAGGAGCCAGAGCUGGUAUUCGCUGUGAACCUGCCACCUGCUCAGCUGUCCUCCAGCGAUGAGGAGACCAGAGAGGAGCUGGCCCGAAUUGGGCUGGUGCCACCCCCUGAAGAGUUUGCCAAUGGGAUCCUGCUGGCCACCCCGCCCCCAGGGCCGGGCCCCUUGCCCACCACGGUACCCAGCCCGGCCUCAGGGAAGCCCAGCAGCGAGAUGCCCCCUGCCCCUGAGUCUGCAGCUGACUCUGGAGUAGAGGAGGCUGACACUCGAAGCUCCAGUGACCCCCACCUGGAGACCACAAGCACCAUUUCCACAGUGUCCAGCAUGUCCACCCUGAGCUCGGAGAGUGGGGAACUCACAGACACCCACACCUCCUUUGCCGACGGACACACUUUUCUACUCGAGAAGCCACCAGUGCCUCCCAAGCCCAAGCUCAAGUCCCCGCUGGGGAAGGGGCCGGUGACCUUCAGGGACCCGCUGCUGAAGCAAUCCUCGGACAGUGAGCUCAUGGCCCAGCAGCACCACGCUGCCUCUACUGGGUUGGCUUCUGCUGCUGGGCCCGCCCGCCCUCGCUACCUCUUCCAGAGAAGGUCCAAGCUGUGGGGGGACCCCGUGGAGAGUCGGGGGCUCCCUGGGCCUGAAGAUGACAAACCAACUGUGAUCAGUGAGCUCAGCUCCCGUCUGCAGCAGCUGAAUAAAGACACGCGCUCCUUGGGGGAGGAACCAGUUGGUGGCCUGGGCAGCCUGCUGGACCCUGCUAAGAAGUCGCCCAUUGCAGCAGCUCGGCUCUUCAGCAGCCUCGGUGAGCUGAGCACCAUCUCAGCGCAGCGCAGCCCCGGGGGCCCGGGCGGAGGGGCCUCCUACUCGGUGCGGCCCAGCGGCCGGUACCCCGUGGCGAGACGAGCCCCGAGCCCAGUGAAACCCGCAUCGCUGGAGCGGGUGGAGGGGCUGGGGGCGGGCGUGGGAGGCGCGGGGCGGCCCUUCGGCCUCACGCCUCCCACCAUCCUCAAGUCGUCCAGCCUCUCCAUCCCGCACGAACCCAAGGAAGUGCGCUUCGUGGUGCGAAGUGUGAGUGCGCGCAGCCGCUCCCCCUCACCAUCUCCGCUGCCCUCGCCUUCUCCCGGCUCUGGCCCCAGUGCCGGCCCGCGUCGGCCAUUUCAACAGAAGCCCCUGCAGCUCUGGAGCAAGUUCGAUGUGGGCGACUGGCUGGAGAGCAUCCACUUAGGCGAGCACCGAGACCGCUUCGAGGACCAUGAGAUCGAAGGCGCACACCUGCCUGCGCUCACCAAGGAAGACUUCGUGGAGCUGGGCGUCACACGCGUUGGCCACCGCAUGAACAUCGAGCGUGCGCUCAGGCAGCUGGAUGGCAGCUGACGCCCCACUCCCUCUCCUGUUCCUGCUGCGCCCUGCCGGCAGGGCCCCCACCCCUACUCCAGGCCGCAGGCUCGGCUCGCCCCCUACCACGGCGCCCGGGCCAGGAAUGUUGCAUGAAUCGUCCUGUUUGCUGUUGCUUGGAGACUUGCCCUGUACAUUGCUUAGUGCCCUCCCCUGCCGCUGAACCCCACCCAGCACACAGUAAGGGCGCGGACCAGGGGGGCUGGGUGGAAGGGGGUUGGGGCAGGGUGCUCUGGCCUGACCACCUCCUCCACAGCUCCUGGUGGCCAUUCUUCCAGAGGGGGAACCUAGUCCAGCAUGCGAGGUCAGGACACGCCUUGGUGACUCGGGGGGAGGGGGGAGACAUUGGGGUUCUCGAUAAGGGCCAAGGAGCCCCCUGUUUUACAUAUUUUAAUCCACUCUAUAUUUGGAACGAGAAAAGGAACAAAUAUCUCUGUCCGUAACAGUUCCCGCCCUCUUCCCCUCUAGUCCUCUUGCUGGUCCCGCCACAGCUGCCCAGUCUUCCAUCUCCGGCCCCUCACUGCCACCCCAUACAGGGCAGGGGACACUCCAGCUGGCCUGGGGUUAGCCAGGGUCCUGGCAGCCCACCCUGGGGACCCCGGCUCAGCCCCCCUUCCCUCGCUGAGCUAUAGUAUGCCCCACCCACCCUUUAGGUGCUGCUCAGGGGGACGGGUGGCAGGCAUUGCCUGCUGGGCACUAGCAGGGCCAGGUGGCCUGGGAGAUUAUUGCCCUGGGGCUGGGCCCCGGUAACCCAACCCCAGCCAUCAUCUUCACAGGGUCUCUCCCACAGGAGGGGUCUAACCUUUUCCACUUCUUGGGCAACUACAGCAGAGAAGCCUCCCUGCCUCGCACCCCAAAGACUCCCCAAUUCCUGCCCUGUGUGUGUGCGCGCGCCACAUAUGUGUGUGCACGCCUGUGUGCUUGUGAAAACCGGGUGUGGCUGAGCGCAUGGGUGCCCUGUAUGUGCUUGACUGUGCAGUGGUCCCCAGGGGUUGUUCUGGAUGGGUGGGAGGUGGCGGAAGCUUGCACAGGGUGCAUGCAUGGGUGUGUGCCCGGGAAGGGGCCCUGUCCUGCUGGUGGGUCCUGCUGUUUUCUCAGCCUGUUGCCCCCUGAGCCUCACCCAGCUUAAGCAGGGAUUCUUGGUGAAUCCUUUCAGCUUAGGGAGGCCUCAAGGGCUCCCCCCGCAGGCAGUACUCUUUCGGGCUUCUAAGGGAAUUGUGGGGACCACUAAAAUCAGGCCACAACAGCCCUUGGAGAGAGGCAAAGACUCCUGAGGGUCCCCUGGCCCCCUUACUGUGACUCCUCACAUUCAGCAAUGACCUGUGGGGUGGGGGGCCCUGGGGCAUUUUUAAACAUCGGGUUUGGAGUCUGGACUAAGCUCCAUCCACGUCACUCACAAGUUUCUGUUUCUAUUUCUAGCUUUUUUUAAUAAAAAAUAAAUAAAUAAAUAAAUAUAUAAAUAAAUAUAUAUAUAUAAAAGACAGAAAACAGGUGUUUUCAUGGCCCAGGGGCUUGGCACGCCGGUCUGUGCCCACCCGCCCCACCCUGGCCCACCGGCCCCAUUCCCUAGACACAGAGUCACACCCACUAACCCUCUCACCAACAGAGCAGGUCACACACACAGCAGCAGUCACUGUAACAGACUGCCACAUACACAGUCUCACAUUUACCUGUGGGUUUUUGGUUCUGUUCAAUUUGGGUUUUUAACUUUACAGGGUCAGUUCUGCUUCUCCCUGCCCCCUUUUGUAUGGAGUUCCAUCUGGGGGGCUUUCAACCCCCUGCUCCAGUCCUGAGGCCUCCUGACCCUGACGUUGUGAUACACCCCACAGAGAUCUAUGUUUCUUAUAUUAUUAUUAAUAAUAAUUAUUAUAAUAUUAUGUAAUAAAUUUAUAAGAAAUGAAA